AUGAAUAAUUCGUGUUUACAAGACGUGAAAGAUUUACUUGAAAAUUCAAAUUCGGAAAUUAUACUAAAGCAAGAAAAAAUUCACGCGUCCGAAUAUCGUGCUGAAACUAGACGGAUUAAAAACAUUUUACAUGCUUUCGGAAUAUCCAAGGAUGACUUUUCCAAGAAUGGCGUUCACUCAGUCAAAAUAUUGGCGACUUUAGCUACAAUUUUAGAAUUGAGGGAUGUUGAACGAAGCAGCUUUUUUUCUGCAUUAGCGCAGUUGAACAUAGAUUCAUCCCACAUUGAACGGCAGAAUAGGGACAUUUCAUAUACUAUUAAUUCCUUAGAAAUUUCUACACGAGAAGCUAAACUGAGAUACGAUAAACUAAGAGAAAUUUUGACAAACUUACGAAGGAAUUGGGAUACAAAAGAAGAUCAAAAACUCAGGGAAUGGAAACAUAAUACCACAUUAUUAGACCAAAAAUCAAAAGAGUAUCAACUGAGAUUAUCACGAUUAGAGAGACAAUAUGAUGCAAUGAAUAUUGAAGGAGGUGGAUUACGAUUUCAAGAUUUAAAAAACAAAGAAGAGCAAGUCGAAACGCUGGAACAGUUAGUAAAGGAUAAAACAAAAAAGUUGAAGGCUUAUCAAAUCUUGCCUCCGGAUAUAACCUUGGCUAAAUUACAAUUAGAUGAGGCUCAAAAUAAACUG